AUGGCAGCCUCCUCCUUGUGGAAUCAUCCUGCCGGCCCCAAAACCAUUCACUUCUGGGCCCCAACCUUCAAAUGGGGUUUAACAAUAGCAAACGUUGCAGAUUUUAGUAAGCCACAUGAAAGCAUCUCAUAUCCUCAACAAAUAGCUCUUGCUGCUUCUGGACUCAUAUGGGCUCGUUACAGUACUAUAGUUACCCCGAAAAAUUGGAACUUAUUCGGUGUGAGCUUGGGAAUGUCAGCCACAGGGAUUUGUCAACUUGCCCGCAAGUCUUGGCACGACUUCUACUCUGAGAAGAAUACAACUAAAGCAGAGGAGUAAUGUCACUUGCCAAAUAAUAUAGUUCACCGUUCAAAUUACAUUAAUGAGUGCACCUUUAUUUUGCAAUUGCAUGCAUGGAUAUACACACUUAAUACUUACUCUAUGUUUCUUCAGUAAUAAUAAAGGCUAUUUUUCUGUUAAA